AUGGAGAUGAACCAUGAUGAACGCGCUCUCCAUCAAAUUGAGGAGGAGCUGGGAACAACCAUCUAUCCAGGCACAGAGAUCAUGGCUGAUGUGGGCACACACCAUUUUGUGAAAUCCUCAGCUGAGUCCAGCCGGGUUCUGGUGCCCCAGCCUUCGCAGGAUCCUCAUGAUCCCCUAAACUGGAGCCCGUUUUGGAAGAUGAGCGUGAUGGCCAUUACCACGGCAACAUCCUUCAGUCAGGGCUUAGGACCUCUGGCGUUGGCACCUAUGUUUCCUCAACUAAUGGAAUCAUUCAAUUCCGAUCUUGCCGGUGUUGUGCAAUUUAUAGGAAUUUGCAUUUUGGUGCUAGGAUUUAGCAAUUUCUUCUGGAUUCCCCUUCAAACAUGCUACGGUCGGCGGCCUGUCCUAAUAUUCUCAACCCUCAUCUGCCUCAUCAGCAAUAUCUGGCGUGCAGUAGCAACAAGUUACGGCAGUUAUAUAGGCGCUUGUGUGCUUAACGGAUUUGGUGCUGGUCCCGCGGAGACUUCUCAACCCGAGAUUACCGCGGAUAUUAUCUUCCUUCACGAGCGUGGCGCGUAUAACACCUUGUAUUUCACAGCGUACUUUGGUUCAAUGAUCGUCGGACCUAUCCUAGCAGGCUCAAUGGCUGAGCACAUCGGCUGGCGCAGCUUCUUUUGGCUGAACGUCGGUCUCCUAGGCCUCGUGCUCAUCUUGCAGAUCGUCCUCCUCCCCGAGACUAAAUGGCACCGGGCUCACCCCAAUGAGGCACAGGUGGCACCAAAAACUGAUCAGAAAACAAACGAGUUAGAUCCCGAGAGGUUAGUCGAAGUAUUACAGCAUGAGAAUAUCGAAGUGGAAGUAGCUUCUGACCAGGAUCCAUAUCUGCACCGUGGUGCUCCUUCGAAGCAGCAAUUCAAGCUAUGGCAGGUAGAUGGCGUUACCUUCAAAUCUGUCCUUAACAGCUUCUGGAUUCCCUGGAAGAUGCUGACAUUCCCUAUCGUUAUGUUUUCUGCCUUUGUUGUGUCUUGGACGUCAAGCUGCUUCUUGACACUUAAUCUCACACAGAGCCAAGCCUUCGCACAACCACCAUAUAACUUUGACAGUCAGACCAUUGGUUUUUUCAACUUUGCUAUUUUGAUUGGGGCAUUCAUCGGGCUGGCAACUAAUGGACCUUUCUCGGAUUGGAUUUCUAUGAGAGCCACUCGUAAAAACAAUGGAGUUCGAGAGCCAGAAAUGCGUCUGCCGGCCAUGGCAAUCUAUGUUGUGAUUAUGAUCAUUGGCAAUUUUGUUGUUGCAUUUGGAUACGAAUAUAAAUGGGAUUGGCGGAUAAUUGUGAUUAUUGGGUACACUGCAGCUGGCAUCCAGGUUGCAGUUUUACCAGCCAUCGCCAGUACUUAUGCCGUUGACAGCUAUAAGCCUGUUGCAGGCUCGAUCUUUGUGUCUAUCACUGUCAACAAGAAUUUGUGGGGAUAUGGCUUCAGCAAUUUCAUCACUAAAUGGGUUGACGGAAGUGGAUUUAUCAAGCCCAUUAUGAUGAAUAUGUGUUUGUGCACAAUGUACACAAACAUGGUGAAUGUCGCAUUGAUCGGUGGUACGGGUAUGGUGGGCUCCCAUAUCCUCACCAGCCUUAUUUCUAAUCCUGCUGUAACUCGCGUGGACACCAUCUCCCGCCGCACCCCGCCCGCCGCUAGUGGCAAGCCCCCAGCCAAGCUCACCAACUUCGUCUCCAGCGAUACCGCCACCUGGGCAAGCCAGCUCUCCUCCCUCAGCCCGACCCCCAGCAUUUUCUUCUCUGCCUUUGCGACCACAAAGGCAGCCGCAGGCGGGUUCGAUAACCAAUACAAGAUCGAGCAUGGGCUCAACGUCGAGCUGGCUAAGGCCGCGCACGAAGCUGGUACCAAGGUCUACGUGCUGAUCUCCGCUGCGGGUGCCAACAAGGAUUCCAACAUUGCCUACACCCGCAUGAAGGGCGAGAUUGAGGAGGAUAUCAAGAAGCUUGGCUUUGAGCGCAUGGUCAUUCUGCGCCCUGGGCUGAUUGCUGGUACUCGUGAGGAAAGCCGGCCGCUUGAGGCUGGUAUUCGGUUCAUUGCGAAUUGGGCUGGUAAGCUGCACUCUGGUCUCAAGGAUGGAUGGGCCCAAGAGGCAGAUGCUAUUGGCAAAGCCGCUGUCAAUGCUGGUCUCAAGGCGCUCGAAGGUGAUGUUCCUGAGGGCAGUGAGAAAGUUUGGAUCCUGGCUGGCAGUGAUAUCAUCAAAUACAGCAAGGAAAGCUCCUCUUGA